AUGGACGGAGGCGCGGUUGGAGCCGAGGCGACCGCCGCGACGAAAUCUCGCAAGCGGCCAAGGCGCGAGACUACUUUGGUGGAGAAGCUGCAACUCAUUCACCGCGCCGACUCGGGCAGCGUGAGCCAACGCAAGCUCGCGAAAGACUUUAACAUUGGCCUUGGCACGGUCAACAACAUCUUGAAGAAGAAAGCAAACACGCUGUUGGAAGCUCACGAAGGCACGCCGCGUGAAGCGAAAGUCCGAAAGAAACCGCGGCACGAAGUGGUGGACCAGCUCGUGUUUGAAUGGAUCAAGGGAGUAAAGGGCACCCUCACCGGAAAGAUGGUGAAAGCAAAGGCGCUGGAACUGGCCAAGCGCAUGCCAAACACUCAACUCUUCAAAGCGUCCAACGGAUGGCUCGAGUCGUUUUGCAAGCGCCACUCGAUCUCGUUUCGAAAGCUGCGCAAGGACGCAUCCACGUCGUCCGUUGGCGCGAACGUCCCAACCUUGGAAGCCAUGCUGCCCGACAGCGGCUUUGACGAGUGGGCGCAAUGGUUUGGGUCCAUGAGCAGCGUUUUGGGCCUGUACUCGGCCGACGACAUCUACAGCUGCAGCGAGACACAACUGCUCUACCAAACGUUGCCCGACACCGCUGCACGGCUGCUCAAGGACCUCAAAACGCACAACCUGUCGCUUCAUGAGGACACGGAAGUUGCGACGGUGCUGCUGUGCUGCAACAUGUCGGGCUCGCACAAACUCCCGCCGCUCGUUAUCGGAUGCGAUCGCCCGUCGAUGAUCACCCAGCACCACGAUGAUCUUGGAUUCAAGCGAGCGCCUCAAGCGUGGAUGACCGCCGACAUCUUCCACGAAUGGCUCCUGGCGCUGGACCUGUCGCUCAAGCGGAAAGUUCUCGUCAUUUUGCCCAGCACCCCGUGCCACUCGUCCGAUCUCGACCUCGAACACGUGUGUCUCCGCGUUUGUCCGACGUAUCUGCCGUCCCAGCUGAGUCCGUUGCUGCAAGGGGUCGUGGGCCAAUUUAAAGAUGCCUACCGGGUCCUUCUUCUUCGCCACGUGAUUGCAAGUGCCCACCUGAAGAAGGACGCGCUUCCUCCCGCUCAAGUCCAUGUCGAUGGGCAUCAACUCCACGCGUGGAUCGUCGCGGCGUGGGCUACCGUCACAGCCACCCAUUGCCAGCACAGCUUUAGUCGCCAAGCCGUGGUACCGACCACCGAGCUCCAGUCGCUCUUGGCGCUCUUCCACGUGCUGUUUCCUGUAUCGGACGCGUCGUUAAUCCUGUCGGCGGUCGAAUACGUCAACUUUGACGACCACCUCCCGACGCAGCUCAUGUUUCCCGAAGACUUUCUCGCCCGCGACGCAACGGAACCGACGACCGACCUGACCGAAUCCAAAGCGUAUGCGCAGCUUGACGGGUUGCGCCAAUUCGCCAUAGCCAAGCAGCACCCCGCCCUCGUGGCCAGCCUCAGCCAAGCUAUCCUCGCGAUGGAGCAUCGCACGACGGAUGCCCUCAUCCAGUCGAUCGGCCUCGCGCAGCCGUACGCAUGGGACGAUCCGGACUCGUGAAGCAGCCAUGUCGAGAGCCGAGCACACAACGACAGCGACGUCCAUGUCGACGAUGCCGCCGCACCUACUCAACCACGUCGUUAUGUUUACUAUUUAUCCAUCUGCGCCGG